CUUUCGUGUGCGCGUUGUUGUCCACGUCCAAUCAGGAGUAACUCGAGUGUGGACUGGGCGGUCUUAUAAGUGGGUCAAGAUCCAGCUCCUCGAGUCAGUCCAAGCCGAGACGUCGAGAAGUCAACAUUGAAGAAGUCGACCGUUACCCGAAACACCGUUCAACAUGAAGUUGGUCCUGGUCCUGUGCGUCGUGGUGUUCGCCACCAUGGUGGUCGGCACUCCUGCCCAGAAGGACGACGCCACCUGCGGUCGCCAUGGUGACCCUUGCAACACUAGCGAGGAGUGCUGCUCGUACUUGUGGUGUCACUUCUACGCACACCGUUGCGUGAGCAAGCCAGGCGGACCGAACCGACCACCGAUGGUUCCCCAGGCCGAGGCGAUCCAAGAAGAGGGCCAAAAGAUUAACUAGACUCUGGAUGCAUCCUCCCCCUAUUUUUCCCCCCGACAUGCCGGCGUAUAUCUCCCUCGCACGCCAUAAUGUAACCCCGAAUAACAUACGCUCUAUCCGCAUAAUCGUGAUCCGCUUACGAAGCAUGUUCCGCCGCGUGUCGCGCUCGUCCCACGGCGGGCUCGAAUUUCGACCGAAUCGCCGCCAUUCUCGCCCUAUCAUUCGCAAACUCGCAAUUUCGCUGACGAGCCCGACAAAAACCCCCCGAAGAAGACCUCGCCGCGCUUUGGAGGCGAUUUUUUUCAUCGGGGAACUUACCGACAUGGGCCACUUAGGCCUCUAACUCGCGGAGGCACGACGUCGAGAUUGCGAAAUCUCAGGUCGAGAAGUUAUGGACAAUGCGGAUCUUUGGGUAGUUGUGUGGGUUAAUAACGUACUUACUAAUUGGAAUAUCGAGGGGACAUCGAUUUGCGAGGGGUCAUCGGGUUUCACUCCUUAACCGAUUAACCAUGGUGCUCGUUAUCACCGAUACGCCGGCGUGAUUUCUUUUGUAUUAACAAACUCUGACUUUCGCAUGUAUCAAUAAAGCAUGAGAUUACCGAUGUCUAUUAA